CCACACAACAUUUCUGCUAGUUCGUGCAUUCAGCUGCUGAGUGGUUAGAUCUAAUUGCUUCCAAGUGAGGUCAGCAAAAGGUAUUUAUCGAAAAGCAUUGAACAACAACAGGCUCAACACACACAGAAAACCCCUCUUGCGUGUUGAUUUAUGGAAACAAUUAGGAUUCUGCUGGAGUUUUUCUGAGUUGAGAAAUAGUUUGUCACUACAGAAUCUCAUGUUGCAAAGAGCAGGCUGCAGAAAUGGAAUAUGUGUAUCUCCAUCUGUUAUCAACAAGAACCAUUCUGUUACUAUUGUACUUAACAGCAAGUCUGAGUAGUCCCGAAUAUUACAGCUGCCAGCUUCGUUCCAUUUGGAUCUUCUGAAGGACACUGCGUGGAGAAAUCGUUAUUGGGACAUCAAGGUUUAAAGAAUUUACAGAAAAGGAGUAAAACCAGCCUAGGAGCAUCUUCAAUCGUUUUUUGUUUUUUUUGCUUUAACAGGUCCUGGACCUAUCAACACAAAUCCACCUGAGAUUUAAGUUUCAUUAUGAUGUUCAUGGACACCCAAAGCACUGCACUAUAAUGCGCAAAUGGAUACUAUCUUGGAUACUUCCAACAUUGCUCUACAGACCGUACUUUCACGUUAUAUUUUUAUUGGGCACUCUGUCUCUCGCUUGCAAUGACAUGACUCCAGAGCAAAUGGCUGUAAAUGUGAACUGCUCCAGCCCUGAGAGACAUACCAGAAGUUAUGAUUAUAUGGAGGGUGGGGAUGUACGGAUAAGGAAACUUUUUUGUCGAACACAAUGGUAUCUGUGGAUUGGUAAGCAAGGUAAUGUGAAGGGAACACAGGAUGCCAACAGCAGUUACAGUGUUAUGGAAAUCAGAACCGUGUCCAUUGGAAUUGUGGCAAUUAAGGGAGUGCACAGUGAAUAUUUUCUAGCCAUGAAUAAGUCUGGAAAGCUAUAUGGAAAGAAAUCCUGUAAUGAAGACUGUAACUUUAAGGAGCUGAUCCAAGAAAACCGCUACAACACCUAUGCAUCAGCAAAGUGGACAAAUAAUGGAAAAGAUAUGUUUGUUGCUUUGAACACCAAAGGUUCACCUUUGAAAGGAAAAAAAUCAAAGAAAGAGCUAAAAUCCUCUCAUUUCCUUCCAAUGCCAACACCCUAACUGGAUAUAAAAUGAAAUUCACCAGUUCCAGCAGAAAUAUUUUUUUUUAUCUAUUUUAAUAAUAUUAUUAAUAAAAAAAAAGAACAUAAAAAAACACGAGAAAAGCUGGAUCUACUACUGAAAAUCCAAACAAGCUGGACUUGCGCAAUUACGUGGAUUUAAAAGACUGAUAAAAGAAAUAAUUUCAAACUAAAUGUAAAGAAAAAAAACUUUAAAAAUUAACCCAAACAAAAUAUAGUUAAGAUUAAGUUGUAAAAAUUCUGAAGAUUUGUACAAACAUAUGUUAGUAAUAAUCAUGGGGUAUUAUUUUUGUUAAAUUAUCUAACCCCAAACAAGGAGGAUUGACUUGAUUAUCUGAUAUAUAUUUAAAAUAAAAAUCUGCUUGUUAAAUAUGGCUGCUAUAAAAAUUGUCUUUUUUUUUCUUCUAAAGAGCAGAUAAUAGUGUUAUGUAAAAUAUGUCGGAUUUUUAGGCUGCUGGAAUGAUGUCAGAUUUUCAAGUCAAUUCUACAUGUAGACAUUGAGCGGUACAUAAAUAAAUCCCUUAUUGAAGAAACUGUAUGCACAUUUAUAUCAUAAGAAAAUAUUUUUUACAUUUGUGACUAUGGCAUUCAAAUAAAAAUGUAUUUGUGGAAUGAGGUUAUACCAUCACUUUCUAUGUAAUCCUUGUUCUGAAGAAUGCCUAUUGCUGCUUAUAUUUUAAAGCAACAGUACUAUCAAUACAAUACUUACUUGUCUAUGUGCAGUCUGGUCUACAUAUGAGAACAUCGACUUCUAUAAUACUGACUUAAUAAAAGCCUUUCAGAUAUAACAAAAAAAAAAACACAUUUUCAUUGUUAAAUACUGCUGUUAUUUAUGAGAACAUUUCAAAUGUCAAAGUAUUCUAUUGUUGUGUUUUUGGAAUUCCAAAGUUGGCUCAAGAGAAUUGGCAUAACAUGAAGAUAAUUCAGUGUGUCUUGAUUUGAAACCUGUGGAUAAGGAUUGCUUGUUCUCAAAGAGACUGCAAAAUAUGUGAUGUGAAAGGAAGCACAGAAUUACCACAAUUUGUUUUCCUCCAGUAGAAGGGACAGAAAAAGAAAGUUAGAGAGAGGGCAAAAAAAGGCAAUGGUCGAAUUUAGUAGAAAUUUAUAUUCUCGUACAUUUUUUUAUUUAUGAUUCCAUGAAGAUUAGUAAUUACAGAGAUAGUGAAUCAAAUACUGCUCUCCACAAACAGUUACCAACUUUGAAGACACCAUUCGCAAAGUGAUGGUUGCAUUAUAUUUUACUCUCCUUGCCGGUAGACAUACUUUGAUGUACUGGGUUAUCGGAGCUUCAAUUGAUGGCAAAUGUAUUGCGACUUAAAAAAGCGUUUAUGUGCUUAUUUGCAAAGUUACUUUGCUUUAUCUGUGGGUGGGACACUACCUAUUAUCAAAAUGAUCAAAAUAAUUUAUUUAUAUAUUUUUAAAAACAGCAUUUACUUCAGAUUAUUGAAAUCCAUACUUGGGUUCCCAAAUACUAAAGAAUGCCAGAGCAAAUUUAGAGUCAAAAUGCACACAGCGCACAACAUACAGUACUGGGCAGUGCUCAACCCUUCAGAUCAAUAACAAGGAAUUUGAAUGCUCUAGUCCGAAAUGGGUUAUUAAUCUGAUAUAAAUGGUAUGACAGCCAGAGCAAAGCAAUCCACAGUAAACGGUCUGGUACAGAAAUAAACCAAAAUAAAUAAACCAAAAACAAACACACAAAAAACUUAUGCUGUUCAGAAAACUGUACAUAAACAAUAGGGCUCAAAUGUAUUUCAUCUCACAAAAAUAUAAAUUAUUUAGCUCUGAAAUAAUAGCAAAGAUACAUUUUUUAUGUGUAUUAUAAUCAAUACUAUGUACAAUUCCUCGUAGGGCAUAUGGCUUCUAAAACUGUUUUUGAACAAUUAU